AUGGAAGUCAACCGUAUGGCAUGGCGCAACCAAAUGCCGCAGGAACUUCGUGAUCAUCUCGUCGGAAAAUUGAUUCGUGCCAUCUUUCCGCAAGAAAGCGAUUUGCCACAAGAUCAAGUUGAACAAAUGAAUGUGAUUGAAGAUGCGAAGACCAUUGAACGUGAAUUAUUCGAAACCGCAACCGAUCGAGAGCAAUAUUACAAUCUUUUGGCUGAGAAGAUAUACAGUAUCCAAAGAGAUAUUCGACAAUCUGGACAUUAA